CAGCCUCCUCCCUACUUCGCAGGCUCCACUCUCAUGGGCUUGAUGCACCUUCCCUAGCAAGGGGCUCAGGGCAGGUUUAAAUCUAGGGAGCCAUAAAGAAUCGCUCAUGCUAUUGGUUCAUUGCUUGUUGGGGAGUUGGGGAAGUGGAGGAGCUGGGAGGGAGAGAUAGGGGAUGCGAGUGAAAUGGAAAAACACAUUUUGGUUUCCCAUGUAUCCCCCGCUCUGAGUUGGGCUUGGCUGGCUUGGCUGUAUAUGUUGGAUAAUGACAUCAACUUACCAAGGAAAAAGAUGCACACAAUUUCACCUUCCUUUCCUACCUUGUUUUCCUGGUGCCGAGUUGGGAAAGAAUGCUUUGGGAGUCAGGACAAGUGAGACUUUCAAGAUACCAUUCAUAAAAUAGCCCAAAGUAUAAAUUUGUGCCAAACAUCCUUGCAAAGACAUCUCUAGCAUCUCAGUUUCCUUGUUCAUAACAGGUGUCCGAGCCUGCACCUGUGAUCUUCUUAUUCUGGGCAGUAUUUGAUGCAGUACUAACCUUGAAAUCAUUAUAAUGAGAUUGAAUUUACAGAAAUGUAGGUAGAUUAUUCGAGCCAUAAUGAGAAGAAUUGGCUUUGCUCUUGGGGUCAAGGUGGUAUUUGUGCCCUGAAGGCUUGUUGGGCCACUGCUACUUAAUAGGAGAGAGGUGAGCUGAUUUCCCUUCCAGCUAUUAGCAGAGACUGCUCCUGUUUGCUUUCUGUGGAGGGCACUGCAGCCCACAUCUUCGUUGAAUUUAGGAGUCUGAGCUUUAUCUCUACUUGGACAACUGGGAAUGGUGAAGACACAUUCAUCCAUUUCACUUAAAGGUCUGAAUCCUGAGAAGGCUCAGCACAUGAGUGGUGGGUAAAGGUAAUUAGGAAAAUGGGGCAGUCAGGAUUUGGGAGAGCUGAUGUGGGGACUGGAAUGGCGGCUGCCGGCACAGGCAUUCUGAAUCCACUUGGUCAGACUGGCUGCGUAGGUUUUCUAAGCCCAAAAUUCAGGGUGCAGAGUUUUCCAGAGAGUAUUUGUUCAUCUUCAUUGUAUCAUCCGUGUACUCUUCUUUUGGCUCUUAGAGGGGAGUGAAUUCUGCAGGCAGAGCUGUACUUUCCAAUGGCAGUGCAUGCCACUACCAGAUUGGCUGUGACUUGACCUUGAAAAGGCCUUCUUGUGACCUUCUCCACUGAACUGAGCCUGAUGGGAGCCUUAUGAGAGACUUUAGCACCCAGUUUCAGAAGAGUUGAUUCAGUGGGACAUUGUUCCCACUGGAACUAGGGCAUUUAAGAAAAAUUCUGACUGUGAAACCAAAGAACCUGAGGCGGUACUAAGGAGGAUUUGCAGAUGUUUCCCCAGACAGCAAUAGAGAAGAGGGAAUAUCAUUAGUGGCUUCUUAUAGUUGGAGAAAAAAAUUAGUCCUCUUUGUUAAAAGAACUCAUUUCCUAUGGUUAAUGAUGGUGUGUCAGUCUGAGGAUUCCCCCUUCUCUUCCCUAGAGUGACAGAUGACAGGAGUACAGAGCUCAAGUGCUCCAGCACAAAGCCACAUCAUUUCCAAAGAUUUCCCACUGAAUAGAAAUGCAUUCUCCAAACAUAAUUCUUUUUUCGCUUAGAGCAUAUCAAUUGCCAAGUAAUUAUUAUUUAUCUAAGAGUAGGCUUGAUGCAUAUUCAUGAUGUUAUAUUAUCAGAAAGGCCUUCUGAUAAUUUGGAGUCUCUGCUAAGUAAGAAAAUCUACUUGCAAAUGUGUAAUUGACACACAACAAGACUGUUGUGGCAGUUGAAGGAAGCACUGAAUGUACGAAGCAAUAAGACCUACACCGUAGCACAGGUCUGCCACCGCCAGCAUGUAACCCUACAGUGGUUUCCUGGCAUGGACUCAAGCCUUCUGAGCCCGGCCCUGUUUUAAUUACCUCUCUCCUAAAGAUAGUGAGUUCGGAGGAAGUGAACGGUGUGGUGACUGGGGUUUACUCUAUGAGCCGCUCUCAGCCUUAGCCUCUCAUUCCUUUGGAAUCUGUUGGAUGUAGCUUACAGUACCCUGCCUGGCUCUCAGUUCAAGCAGUAACAUGACGAAAGGCCACCAAAGAGCCACCAUUGAGCAUCCAUGUUCCCACUUUGGGAAGAGCAGUAGAUUUCCAGGAUCUUCAGAUCGGACAGGAUCUUGAGGUCAUCUGAUAGCUUCUCAAACAUACUCGUUUCCCCCUCUCUUGUGUCCUCAUCAGUCAGUCUUUCCCUUCCUUCCUUCUGUCUGUGUCUUGCUUUUGUAGGUGAAGUAUUAUCCCUUCAGCUAGCCUGCCCACAGGUGGAUUCAGUCUUAAACUAGCCUUCAAUUAGAGGUUUCUUUGAAAACUCUUUUUGUGCACUUUCAUUGUGGGAUUUGACUCAAGGGCUUUUUUUUGGUAAGUAUUCAUAUCCUUGAGUAAAAUAAUUAAGAUAUGUAGGUGGUUAAUAGGUCAUCUUAGUGUCUUUGACACAUUUGAAAUUAACCAACUUCAGCAUGUAUGGUCUUUCUGCCAGAUUCCAGUCUCCAGUAUGAAGUCAGAUUGUACUUGUUCUGUCAAACUCUCCGGCAGCAGAAAGCAGGGUUUCUAUCUUUCUUCAUUGAAUUACCAUGAGUGCCCAGAAUUUCACUAAUUAAAACUGUGACCUCCGCAUUUCAAGUAGGAUCACAUUUUCCCUUGCUCUGUGUGCAUCCAAGCUCUCCUGCGUUGUUCCUGAAUAAAAUUCUAAGGAUAAGGCCCCAGUUUCAGCAGACAGGUAGUCUUGGGGUCACUUGUGGCAUUAUGUAUGUCUCCUGCCCUGUUCACUCUUCCAGGCCAGUCUGAUUCUGCAGUUGCUAUUGGGACCAGAGUUAGAUCUCUUCCACAGUGUUCACAUUUGGUCUAAACCCUCAAGAUCUCUCCCCAAGUUUGUUCAGAGCUGGUCUUGAAGGGAUCUUAAAGUUCUAGAGACAGGAGAUGUCCAGCCAACUCUUUACUUCCAGAUCAAUCCUCAGUGUGUAAAUAGUGAAUUAACCAAGUCCCUCUGACCUGCUCUCCCAACCCAGCAUGAGGCCUGCCUGGCUGCACAAGCUUCCUGCUUUUGGAUUGACCUGAAGUGCAAGGAGGGUGAAUGAGAUUUAAUCCAUGCCUUGAAUCCUACCUGGGAUGUAGCUGCUGCCUGCAUGGCUGUGUGCUGGGCCUUCAUGGCUCCCAAAUGGAUCUGAGCAUUGUGGCUGGCUGGCAGCAAUUAAGUAGGGCAGGUCUGUUCACAGUUUGCCAAUUCCUCGCCUAGCUUAUGGGGAAAUGUUAGUGCAGCUCAUUAUUGCUAUUUAAAGAUUUUCCCUCUACCUGCUGCCACUUCUGCUUAUUUAGGAACAAGUGAUCGGCUGUUUAUGCUUCGCCCUUGUGUGUGCAAUAGCUAGUUAGAGGAACAGUGCUGACAGUGCUGCGCAUCCCCACCACAGGUCCUAGAGUUAGCAUCCGUCCCUGUGGCUUCUCCCAGUCCCCAACACCCUGGCGUGCCCUGCCCCCAUCCCUGCCAUAUGCAUGGCGAGACAGCGCCAGUGCCGCCUGCCUCUGCUUACGUGUCUGGUGUGUGUGUGUGGGCAAAUUGCUCUGGUUCUCUCCACUGCCAUUUCCAUGUGCCCACUGCUCCCUAACUUCAGCCUGGCCCUGCCCCCACUUCUGAUGGAGGAGCUGGAGUCCAGGUUCACCUGCUGAAGGACCAAUUGGCUGCUGAGGCUGCAGCACGGCUGGAGGCCCAGGCUCGAGUGCACCAGCUCCUGUUGCAGAACAAGGACAUGCUGCAGCACAUCUCCCUGCUGGUCAAGCAGGUCCAGGAGCUGGAGCUGAAGCUGUCAGGACAGAACGCCAUGGGCUCGCAAGACAGCUUGCUGGAGAUCACCUUCCGUUCGGGAGCCCUGCCCGUGCUCUGUGACCCCACGACCCCUAAGCCGCAGGACCUGCACUCGCCGCCGCCGCUGGGCGCGGGCUUGGCUGACUUUGCGCCCCCUGUGGGCAGCCCCUUAGUUGACCACAGCAUGUUUGAGAAUUUGAACACAGCCCUGACUCCAAAGCUGCAGUCAAGUCACUCCUUCCCUCAUUUGUCCAGGCCUGUGGCCUCCAGCUCUGCCACCCUGAGCUCUGCAGAACCUGGUGGGCCAGGACUAAGGGUGGGCAGCAGCCAGCAUCUCAAGAACCUGGGCAAAGCCAUGGGGGCCAAAGUCAAUGACCUCCUGCGGAGAAAGGAGCCCUCCACCGUGGGCGAUGUGGGUGUGAUGGAGAUCAACAAGACCGCUGGAGCCCACCUAGCUGGUGGGAUUGAUGUGGCAUUGGGAGCCAGCCCGGAGGAGGAAAGGUCGCCUUCAGAAGCUUUCCCUCGGCUGGAUCCCCCACCCCCCGUAACCAAGAAGCGAACCCCUCGAGCCCUGAAGACCACCCAGGACAUGCUGAUUUCUUCGCAGCCUGUCCUGAGCAGUCUGGAGUAUGGGACUGAGCUGUCACCCGGGCAGCCCCAGGACUCUCCUCCCACUGCCCAGCCCAUCUCAGCAGAUGCUUUGCCACCAGAAGCCACUGUGGAAAUGGGAAAUAGGGGCGAGGCCCUGGCCAAUGGCGAGGUAUCCCUGUCCAUACCUGACCUAAUCCACAAGGACAGCCAGGAUGAGUCCAAGCUAAAGGCGACAGAACACAGAAGAGCCUCGUCCUCUGGCCUCAUCGAGAGGAAUGGCCUCAAACUCAGCUUGAGCCCCAUCAGCCUGGCUGAGUCCUGGGAAGACAGCAACCCCUGUCCUCGGGCACGGACCUCCAGCCUAGACAAUGAGGGCCCUCACCCAGACCUGCUGUCCUUUGAGUAGCCCCUCUUCUCCUCCCUGCCCAGCACGCAUCUCCCUCCUGCUUUCUCCCCCACUGCCCAUGGGCCAUUGCCCCAGCUCCGCCAUGCCCUUAGUCUUCCUCGCAUGAGACUCAGCAGGGAGCCGACUCUCCACACAUGGGGCCAGAAGCCCACAAGUCUUCCCAGUGAAAGAAUCUGUCUGAAGAAUGGCAAAAGGACUUGGGUGCCAUCUCUGAUCCUAACUUUCCAUUAACUCCCCACGUGUUGGCUGCAGCCUUUGGAGCCUGCAGCUCCUGGUUUAUCCUAGCUUCCCACUGAAUUGCAGGUCCUCAGCCUGGAUGAUGGAUCUUGCAGGAAUCCUUUUGCCCACCUCCUAUCUGCUGUCUUCUCCUUUCUUUCCCAUUUUCCUGGUUCCUUCUCUCUCCAUGGUGGCCUCAGGAAGAAUGAGGCUGGGUGAGGAGUGAUGGUUUGGCUUGAUGAUGAGGCCUGGCCUGGAAAGCCACCCUGACCACAGCCCAGCCAUGGCUCCCCCUGGUCCCAUGACAGUGUGGGACCCUGGUUGCCAUUUUCCCUGUGCCCCUAGAGUGGGACCACAUGAGGUGCUUACCGGGCCUGAGACCUUGCGAGGUCACUCCAGGAUUGAACCUCUUGCCCAGCGCUAUCAGAAGUUUUCCCCAUUCAGUCAGAUGUUAGAUGAAGAAUAAAGUCCUCGCCCCUCUUGGAGAAGUACUUGGGAAAGCGUUGUGUCUGAGCUGGGGCUCCAUGCAAAGAAGAACAAUCAGGCUACCUUUGCUGUGUGUAAAGACAGGGCUAGGCAGGUCCCGGCAGGAACACAGAGGAUGUUCUAGAUUUGUUUUGAGAGGAGAGCCCGGACACUCGGGAGUAGGCCUAGGAGAACCAGAAGUAGAGAUGGUAGAGAGAGGAGUAAAGCCAGGACAUAAAAGAACGUCACUGGGGAUGAGAGCAGCUUGUCAGGGUCACUCCUCCACCCCAGCCCAGAAUGAGGCCAUGCAGGGCCUGGGUAAGUGCAAGAGCCAGGGUGAAGUAUGUGAGAGGUUGAGAUGUGAUGAGAAUUGUGGUGGGAACUACUUUUAAUUCAGCAGUAGGUGCUCUUGGGGCUCGUGCUGAAGUUGCUGAGUAUCCGGCAGUGCUGAGCACUCUUGGAGGGGCCUCUGGUCUGCACCUCACUUAUCCUUAUGCCCCUGGUCCUCCUCUGUGCCCGUUCCCAGUACCUGGGUGAGGAGAGACCAACAGGGUUCACCCAACCUUGCUUAGCUGGUUGCUGCCCUCCUGGGUUAACCUUUUGUGUUCCUGUCUCCACCAGGGGGCAUAUCAUGUUGUCUUCCUGUGGCCAGGCGAUGCCGAAGUGAUCCCAGCCAAGUGGGCCUUUGCAGGAAGAGGAGGACAUCUCUUUUCUUGAACAAAGGGGCCAGUGCUCAGGAGAAGGCUGGCAGUGGCACAGCCACCCGGGUCAGGCUCUUCCAGCAGUCUUCCUCCUGUGAUUCCUGCGGCCUCCCCACUUCUUCUGUUCAUUGUGUGGCUUCCCACCCAUGAGCUCUAGGAUACCCAGGACUCACGUCUCAAUUCAUCACUGAGCUUUUGCUUCCCUUCCCACUACCUCUGCCAUACAGAACCUCUGUGCCAACUCCUGCAGAACUGCCUCAGUGGGGUUGCUGGGAUGUGGGUACCUUCCUGCAUUCUUGCUUCUGCAGUUGUGUGACUUCAGCUCCACCCCCAAACCCCCUGUCUUCCAUUGCUCCACAAGCAGGGCUUCACCACCUACUCCCUGCGAAGUCCUGUACCUUCCCCAUUCACGAGGGUCCAUGCAGCUGGUGGAGUGAUCAGGGCUGUCAGUGCAUGGUGCAUUCUGCCUUACUCCAAGAGCAUCCUAAAGAUAUGAUAUCUGGCCACGGGGUUGGACUACCAUUUGGGGUUCUAUGAGGUUUCCUGAAACAGUUUGGGGCUUUACCCCAAACACACAGAUGUGGGGAUAUGCAAACAGAUACAAAACAUGCAUCCGGGAGCAAGCUUGGUUUCACCUGAUCUCUGUACGAAAUGCUUGGUUUGUUCUUCUUAUGGGAAACUACAGAUGCCUGCCUCAGGCUGAUGGUAGAGUAGCCAGAAAUGGCUGGUGCUGGCUCCAGCUUGCCAUGCCACACUCAGGCUGCUCCUGGGUUAUCUGGCCCUCAGGCCCAGAUUAGCCAAAGGAUCUCACCAGCUUAUCCCAGGAUCAGCAUCACCCAGAGUUCUUCAGACUCGUAUCUGAACUAAGAUACCCUAAGCACCUGGGUCAACCUCUAGCUGCCUACAGCUUGGCCGUCCACCUCCCAUGGAGGGGACACAGCUGUCUCAGGAGUCCCUCUGACACUGAGCCUGGUUUUAGAUGAUGAAGAUGUUGCCUGCAGAUGUGCUUCGGAAUAAGUGCUGUCUAGGGUAGAGUGGGAACAACUUCCACAGAUCCUGCUGAGUACCUCCGUUCAGACCAGUUCUUGCAUCCGAAGCCCCACGAGGUGCUGUGUCUGAUUUUCCUGUGGUUGCAACAUGGCUACCUGACCCCACACAUCCCUGUUAGCAAGACCAGUUUCCAGAGAGAGCUUGGUCAUUGGGAAGCCCUGUCCACAGGAGGGCAAGACAACGAGGACUGAAGGAGCCCGUUGUCUCUGUCCAUUGCCCCCCACGCUUACCAUAAGCACUUGCUCCGCUGCCCUGCACAAGGUGAGCUUCCAGAACCCGGCAGGAGGUUAGUCCCCUCCCCGCUCACAUAGAGAGAAACAUAUCUUGUGGGUGAUAGGAAGAAACGUGUUUGCAAUCAAUGCCAGCUUUUUUAAAGAACAAAUUUGGCCCCAGGUUGGAAGAGGAGCAAGUUAACAGAUUUAUUCUGAGUAUUUUUUAGAGAGUUCAUAUUUAUAUUUUUAGAAAUUUUUCUGGUAGAAGGAAAUUGCACAAUAAAGUGAUUUGGUUUGGUUUGCUGGC